CUCACUACAACUUCAACCCUGCUAAAAGCUGUCUCCGAAAUUAGCCAGUCUCAUACACCGAAUCAAAGCUCUGAUUCACAAUUCUUCGUCGUUAUUGCUCACCACACGGCGUCGCUGGUAAGACCUUUAAACACUAGGACCGACGCAAAGCGACUUGCAGGCCGCUGGUGGAGGUUCUACAGACAGGAAUAUUGAGCUAAAUGGGUCGAAACUGGCGGUGGUACAUUAUUAUCGCCGGAACGAGACCUGGAAUUUAUCGCGAAUGGGCUGAAGCUGGUCCCAAAGUCGUCGGUAUUCCAGGCUCAAUUCACAAGGGCUACAUGACCUACGCCGAAGCCCUGCGUGCUUUCCAGAAGGAAAUCGCCGAGGGCAACAUCAGAACCAUUCGCGUGGUCACUGUGAGGGACCAGUAUCUUCCUGAGGAUCCAAGAACAUACCAUUAUCCUGACAUUGUGGACGACUCGCCGUCUGCUACUACGGGGUCGUCGACGUUGACGGUGGGGGCAGGACCAGUACCAUCGACUUCGAGCGCUCGUACAACUGGUGUGGCGGGACAUACCCGUGAUGCGCCCGUCAGGCGGGAAACUCCUUCGACUUCCGGCACGAGAAGAUCAAACGUCAAUACCGGCGGUGAUGCUCGGGAUGCCCGAAAUAAUGCUAUGGCGUCAAGUCCAGAACAGAGACGACCUUUAGAACCUGCCGCAACUUGGCCGCAGAAUUCUGUAUCUCAGCCCGAGCCAUCGUCCCCUCAUCGACCCAAUUCGCAGCGAUCUACCAAUAAUGGAGACCGAACGCACCAUCGCCGUACUGCAACCUUGCCUUCUACCCCAUCGACCUCCGGCCGACCUUCAGCCAGGGCGUCUGGGACGCCGCCACACCAACAACGUUCCGCUACUUCUGUUCGCUCCAGAGACGUUGAUCACAAUGCCGCGUCGUCACCUAUACCCAUUACCAGGCAGUCGACAGAGCGAAUUCUUUCCCCAAGGCGCUCAGGCGCGUCGGAUUCUACGAGCUCUUCUCCACCGACGGAUGUUACUCAGUACGGACCAGACCAUUUCCCCUCACGGUCACCGAGUCCUGCUUCUUCACUGGCAGGCUCACCUGUUCUCUCGAGACACGGCCUGUCACAACGAGAAGAUGCUAGUUCACAUAUUCUCGGUCAGGAUCAAACUGGUGCACAUCGCUCGCCAAUAUCAUCAAACAAUUCUCAGGAGACUGAGAUCCAGGACGAAUCACGGCUUCCUGUCCGUAGCCAUACAAGCACCCCUUCGCGGGAUAGCAGCCAGGAAAGCCCUCCCUUGCCUAUACCCCCUCGACAGACGCGCUCAUUCAUCGCUAGAGCUGGGAGUACCCCAUCUGCUUUAAACUCCUCAUCCCGAGCACAGCCCUUGCGGGCCCAUUCGAGCAUGCCUGAACCCUCGCGUUCGCAUGAGGGUAGUUCCUCUGCCAUCUCUUCUGGACGAGUACUCCUCCCUUCAUCCAUUGUAUCGUCGCCUACCUCUCUGUCUGCACCUCCUUCCACCGGACGAAUCUCUUCUUUGGACAAUCGCUCAACACGCUCAACACGCACCCGUGAACGUCUUCGACUUUCUUCUACCUCUACUACCACGCCUAGCCACGUUCCUCUACCCCUUUCUCCCAGUUUGUCGAUCUCCAACUCGGUCAUCACUUCGCACUCGGGCUCAAGCUCCGGGUCUUCCCCGUCAACUCGACGCCUUCGUACACCGGGAACACCUUUUUACCCCGUCAUUGAACCCAGCGAUCGUGAGCUUCCGAGGAUCACACCUGGUGUUACACCAAUCGCCACUCCCCUCGAGACUCGUGGUACCAGUCCUCAGGAGCCUACGAGCAUGAUCGUCCCUCCGAGUACCAAUGCUUGCGAGCCCACAAGCAUCGGCAGCCCUCCUGCAGCAAAUUCCGUCGAUCAUGCGGCUUACCAGUCCACGACCCUGUCUCCAAACACCAGUUCACGCGAACCAACAAGCAUUGGCGAUCCUCCAAGUCCAGAUCUCUGCGAACCCAUAGGUAGUAGCCGUGUUGGACCUACUACGAGCGUCAGCCCUCCUCCAAGUACUACUCCUCACGAACCUCCGAUUAUCAUUGGGCCUCCGGUUGCAGACAACCUCGAGCCCACAACCAUCAGCAGUCCCCUUCCAACUCCAGUCCCAAGCGCUGAUUUCCUAAGCCCCGUCACCCCUUCUCUUGGUCUCACCAACAUGGUCACCGGGGUCACAGAUGCGCUCACACCAAGACUUAACAGACUCGGGUUGUCUUGGGGCGCUUUCUUCUCGCAGCCUGCUCAUGUACCGAACGUUGUGGUGGAUCCGAGGCAGGAUCCGCGGUCGCCGAUGAGUAGGAGCGCGAGUCUACCGGGGUAUGGGGGGUUGAGGUGAGUUGACGUUCCUUCCGUGUAUUCGUUCUAGUUCCUUUUUGUACUGUGUACUAUAAGUAAUACCCUUUCUAUAUGUUGCCAUGUUGUGUACUCUACUCUGCGUUGCCUUGGAUGUUCUGAUAACCGU